AUGACUUGCCAAAAAUCCACAUGUACGUACGCUUUACUGCGUAGCAACUGUAACUCGUCCAUGAUGGGAGGAGUGCCCCCACCACCAAAUAACAUGGGAGGUCCACCGCCGAAUGCAGGAUGGAGGGGUCCUGGGCAAUACCAAAAUAACUACACACCAGGCAGGGACGAUGGAGGCAUCCCUGGUACAAACCGUUAUCGAGCUUGA